UCUAACCUCCCUCCAGAUCAAACACUUCCCUCCUCCGAUCCAUCCCAACCCCAAUUCGAAUGGCGGCCUUCCUAUACCACCUCUUCUCCUCCUCGUCCCUCCUCUCCCUUGGCCUCUACCACUUGGUCUCCGCCACCCGCAACCACCUCAAAUCCCCCUCCACCUACGCCGCCAAGCCUUACCACCCCCUGCCCCCCUCCGCUCACCCCCGCCUCCGCCCCCUCCAGCUCUACCUCGCCGUCCUCUUCCUCCUCGUCGCCUCCUGCCACCAGGCCAUCUCCUCCUCCGACUCCGACCCCCUCCUCAAGGGCUCCACCCCCGUCCACCGCUUCUCCUCCCUCCAGUCCGCCUCCGUCCUCCUCCUCUUCCUCCUCCUCUCCCUCUCCCUCCUCCUCUCUGACCUCCUCCCCUCCCUCCUCCCCCUCCCCCACGACCUCUUCUUCGCCCUCGCCUCCGCUGCCUUCUUCCUUCAGUCCUCCUCCUCCUCUUCCUCCGCCUCCUUCCAGAUCUCCGACCUCCAGGCCAAGUGCGACUCCGUCUCCGCCCUAGUCUCCGCCCUCUCCUCUCUCCUCUGCCUCGCCCUCGCCUGCUCCCCUCGUCUCUUUGUGGCCGACGUCGCCCUCGGGGCUUCCCUCUGCCUCCAGGGCCUCUGGUCGCUGCAGACCGGGCUCUCGCUCUACGUCGAGGCUUUUAUCCCCGAAGGGUGUCAUAAGCUGCUCGAUGUGGUCAAAGGGGUGGAGGGAUCUACCAAGUGCGAUUUGGAGGAGUCGAGGCUGAGGGCCGUCGCCAUUCUUGAUCUGGUGUUUGUGCUUCAUGUCAUGUUUGCGGUGGUCACUGUGAUGGUUGUUUAUGCUGCUGUGGCUAAGAGCGUAGGUAUGAGGAGGAUGGGAUCUUAUGAAGCAUUGCCUACUACUGGGGAUAGAGAUGCGAAUAAUCUUAUUCAGAUGAAGGCAUUGUCCGGCACACAGGCUUGACUUGAUAUCCUUUUCUCUUUUUGUUAGCAUUGAUUGUAUGAGUGACGAGCUGAAAUGAAUCCGAGUCCUUUACUUUCACUUCAGAUUUUGAAAACACUGUAAACCUCUUAGAGUUAGAGGAGGGUUUCUCUUGUACACAAACUUGGCGUUUUAUCUCGAGCCAUAGCUACGGUACCGGCAGUUGAUUUCUGGUCUCUGUUACUGCCUGUCAUCACUAUGGUGCUUUGCAACUGAUCCACUGGCAAUCAUGGCGGAAAUUAUCUCCUUGUCUACGAAUUGUUGUGAAUUGACUGUAGUUCUGGAACUUGAAUUAUCUGCUGACUAACUGUUUCAUUCUCAA